AUGCUGCAACAACUUGACUGCGAAGGAACGCCCUUCAAUAUCGGUAAACAACAUGGCACAGCGGCGAAAGAGAAAAUCAUUCGCUGCAUCACUUUCUACGCGAACAUGUUUAAGCAGCACUGCCGUCUUUCCUGGCCAGACGUACGGACUGCUGUUCAACCAUUCGAGGAGAAAAUCAAGAGGACGUGGCCAGAUUUGCAUGAAGAAAUGAAAGGAGUUGCGGAUGGCUCGGGUCAGUCACUGGUGGAUAUCGUAGCGUUAAACGUACGCACAGAGAUUGCAUUUGGCAAGUUUUCAGACGGUUGCACCUCCCUGGCAUGGCAUUCAGAGGAUAAUGCCUUCCUCGGUCAGAAUUGGGAUUGGCAAGAAAAGCAGAAAGAAAAUUUGAUCCUGCUGAAAAUCACCCAGCCUAACAAGCCAACCAUUCGGAUCAUGACGGAGGCUGGUAUUAUUGGCAAGAUAGGAUACAAUCAUGCUGGUGUUGGUGUCUGUCUAAACGCGUUGAGAGCGCCAGGGGUAGACCCGGGUCGUUUACCUGUUCAUCUAGCCCUGCGACUUGCCUUGGAGUGCUCCACAGCUAGUGAAGCUGUUCAAUUGUUUGAAAAAUAUGGGGUGGCGUCCUCAGCACACAUUUUAGUUGCCGAUAAGAAUCAGGCCUUUGGCGUGGAGACAUCUUCAACGACAGUGCAGAAAAUCACGAAAGAUAACCAGGGACGAGUUAUUCAUUCAAAUCACUAUCUUCUUACGCAUCCUGGGGUGGUGGACACGAAGUGGCUGAAAGAUUCUCCCUUCCGAGUUGAAAGAAUGCGCGAGCUGACCGACGAUCCGAGUCACGGUCCAGCGUGGGAUGCUAUACUCAAAAUUUUUGAAGAUGAGAAGAACUCUCCGGCUUCCAUUUGUCGACAUGAGCUUGGGAGCAGCACUUUUGGGACGUUAUUCAAUAUUGUGAUGGAUUUGAAGCAAGGACGCGUCGUGGUGCGGGUGGGCAAGCCGAGUCAGGUAGAAGAGACGAUUAAUAUGACAUUCUAG